CACUUCAUUUACAGGUAUGUUCAUAUGACCAUAUGGCUCCCGUUAUCAAGAGACCCCAUCUAUGCUGGACACUGGUCAUUCUUCCUGAAGCCAUUAGACUCAUAUUUCCCCUUUCGUUGCCACGCCAUGCCGUCCCUUUAGGAUUCAUGUUCAAACCAACCCCCCCUCCCUUUGUUCUCAACGCGCUGCUGAAAUCCAUGACACAAUGAAUGUGUUGUGUCGAUGACAAGAUGCGGGGUCUGAAUGACUGUUCUCACUGACACAAGAGUUGAAUCACACUGCAUCACACUCGAUCACAAGAUUCGAUACAUUGACGCGUGAUCUUACUUCAAGGUACACCCACCCAUUCACUCCAUCGUCACUCGCACGAGCCUCCCUCGCGCCCGUUCCCUCUUCAGUACCUGACAGAUAGACAUCGUCAUCACUGCUUUGCUCCAUCAUUCCCCGCUUCCUCAUUCUCAUCCCAGAACAAUGUCGAAUCAACCUCAUCCACAGCAGCUCCCUUCCAACCCAUCGACCUCUGACCCUCCUGCCAAAGCUAGAGAACAGCACGGCGUCGGCGGUGUCAGAUCCUGGUUCAGGUUCUCUGCUCACCGUCCCAAAUCCAAGUCAGCCGACACUCAACCAACGACGUCACCUCUUGGCAAUACCAAUUCAAUCCCAGAACAAGACCCAUAUCGACCUCUUCAGUUUGGUCCGCCUCGGAUCGCUUCACUCUACGUAUCACCGAGUGAAAGAAAUCUCUACCUCGCAGCCAUGGCUCAGCUUGAACGUGCUCCACCCAAUCUCCCUCUUUGGUCUGAUCCAACCCCUUCAAUCCCUCCGCUGGCUCCACAACCACCCUUUCAGGCUCAACUUCCGAACCACGAUGGGAGACCAUUGUCUACCGCGAAUGGUCACAGUAAAAGUGACUCUCAAUCCCUCGCUAACAGAUCCAUGUCGCCUAAACUCGUCACGUCCCCUGGUGUUCAAUCGCUAGCAGCGGGAUUGAGCGUCCGUGACGAGUUCAGACUCAAUCGAGUCCCACCUCGAUCUACUCGACACGCUCUUCUAUCCCUCGUCCCUCCUGCAACGUUACGAUUUACGGGUUUCCCCGCUACCGCUGUGAUCGCCGCCGAUGAAGCGCUGAGCGAGGCUUGGCAUCAAGGUGUCACGAAUCGCAGCGAAAGUCGAUAUGACCUUCAGCGGCGCGGAGAGGCUCAAGAUGGGGCUUUGUGGAAAGUAGAGCUCGAGGGUAGAGCGUGGAAGCGAAAGGGCAGGCAAGAGCUGGACUCGAUUCGACUGAUAUUGGCUGUCCUGACAGCACUCGGUGUGCACGGAUGGACAGUCGAGGACUCAAUCCAAGCGGGUACAAGCAAGAAAGGGUGUCACAACCUCUUGUUCUCUAAUUCACCUGACAUCUUUGCGACUCCUCCCGCAUUCUUCGCCCUAUCUUUCCCUCUUCCCGAUCGAAUCUCCAUCAUCUCGGCGCCCUCCAAAAAUACGCCCGCGAUCGUCUCUGCCGUCAGAAAUGCCAUCACUACGAGUUCUGCCAUGCAUUCGCGCCAAGGCACAGGAGCAUCUACCAUGUCUGCCAACGCAUCGUCUGCUGGGUCCAUCAAGGCCGUUUCGUGGAAAGGUCAACGAGGUGUCAAGCUCGAAGGGUGGGUCCAUCCUGGUGUCUACCGAUUCUGGGUUGGCGGAAUGAGGCGAUGGGUCGUUGGUGGAGUGAGAAAAAAGGUUAUUGACAACCUGCAUCCCACACUGAUUCUCGGGCUCAUAAACAAUAUAUCGGCACUUCACAUGAAUCUCGUCUCGUCUAUCCCGUUGCUGCCAAUCAGCAAAGGCCGAGACAUCCUCAUUUUUUCCACACUGCCCUCGUCGGGAUUAUCUUACAGAGACGGGUGGAAGCCGGAUGUGUCGAAUCAUACCUCGCGAUCAUCCUCGCUCGUCCUGGUCUCGCCUGCGGCCUCGCGACCCGUCACGUUCGAUGAGCCAACAGCCAGACGUCAUGCUGUCCACAUGGAAACGAAUGAUGUACCACCCCCUCGAGACGGUAAAGGUCGAGACGCUGUCGAGGUAGAUAGCUCGGGACGAAGAAUCUUGCCAUGGACCUCAGUUGCAGAGGCCCAUCCGACUCCGAACGAGUCUAGCUCACAUGCUAGACACGCCUCUGGCUCGGUCGUGAAUCCUUCACCUCAGCUGGUCUCCAACACGCCACAACGUGACCCUUCUGUCGAUUCAGAUCGUCCACUCAUGUCGGGAUCAGCCAAGUCUUCGCCUAAACCACGAAAUCUCCUUCUCAAGAAGAACUCUACCCGCCGGAAGGCGAGCAAGCGAUCAAGUAGCCAGUCACUUCAAUCCGUCAGGGGCCAACAAACACACCUGCCAUCAGCUUGGCAGCCUAUCUCUCAGCCCGGACGAGCGGGUCAAGAAACGCCCAGCGCUCAAGGUGGAGGUGGCGCUUCCACUCCUGAAGCCGACCGAUGGUCUCUCAUCGACAUUCCUGCGAAGGUUGGGACCAUUGGCAUGAGUCUGCAUGAACAACGACAGUCUGCGGAUGAGACGCAAGGAUCCGAAAGCUCGAUUUAUACCGAUGCACACGCACAACCAGCUACUGUCCGUCCUGAGCCUGGGUCUGGGCUUGAUUCAGCUCCAGUGACACAAAAGAACGCUACAGAUGCGAUGCCCGAGCGUAGUGGUCUCGGUCUGCCCGCUUCCGCUAGCGUUCCACUCGCUCCGCCACAAGAUCAAAUGCAUCAACUGGGUCGACCCAUGCAGCCAAUUUCAGCCGAUAUGACUCACACCGACCUCACUACGCCUGAGGGAUACGGAGGACUCGCGCUCCGGGACAACGCUCCCGCGAAUAGGGCUCAAGUUGUCCAGAACCCCACGGCACUAGCUAGCAUGCACGGCUCCAUGGGAUAUGCCGGUCAAUCCGUGUUGUCAUUCGCAUCGGAUCGAAAGCGACAGCCUAGCGGAACUGGAGCUGGGCAGGGACCCGUGAGCGGAUCUGGACAUUCGAGAGGACCCUCGAGGUCAAGGUUGAGUAGCGGUAGAACCGUUGGCCAAGAUACAGACCAUUUGGCUAUCCCUGAGACACGACCAGAGCUCCCGACUGAUCGAGGUCCUGGCGGGCUCGGCAGUCUGCUACGGCAAGCAUCUCCGAAACGACAGCCUUUGAGCCUCUCAGAAGAUCCCGCGCCGGCAGCCAAUACACAGGAGGUGAACUCGGUGACUUCGCCUCAUGUCAUACCUGCCGCUCAGUCUACCUUGGCCCCGCCAGCGCAGGCCACACCUACCGUUUUGACACCAGAGGCGACGGCUCCUAAGCCAAAAGGCAUCAGCAAAUACUUCCGCAAAUCUCCUGCGCCUCCUGCGCCGCAUGUACAACCUUCCCGCUCCAUUCUCUUGGCACAAUCAGCUCGCAGCUUGGAUGCUGAUUUGCCCUCUCCAGCCAAAGACAGCGAUGUUGCUGUCUCGGAAUUUGGGAAAUCAACAUCGGAAUAUGAGACAGCGCCGAGUCAAGCCGGUAGCAGUAUUGGAGGUCGGGGACCUGGCGCCGUCGGCAGUUCCAGGACAAAGAUUAGCCUGGGGAAGAAAUCAUAGAGGCGGGUUGCGAUGCAGCAAGAUGAAUGUCGAAAGUGGACCAUGUGGGACAGUAAGUUAGGAGAUAAUAGCACGAUGUAAUAAGGAUCUUUCCGCUUGCGUACCCUUGCCUGCGUUCUGGAGUGAGAAGGAUACGAUGAUAAUAAUGAUAUGCAUUUCCUGUCGAC